AUGUGCGAUAGAAGGGAAACGAUUGAUAAUUGUUUCUUGAAUUGCUUUCGAGUUAAAGGAGUGUGGGCUCACUUCCGACCCGUGUUAUCUGCUUUGCUCGGCUUUGAUUUUCUUAUCAAUGUUUGUACAGUUUUCUUUUUUUGUUUCUCUUGCGAUGCUAGGAAAUUUCGUAUAGCCUCCUUUGUAAUUAAGAGUGUAGAGUAUUCUGUUUGGACCUUUCGUAAUAAGAGUACCUUUUACAAUGGUCGCGAGGAAGCGUCUGCUCUUAUUAAGUAUGCACUUCACUCUAUUAAGGGGAGGGUCAAGCUAGAUUUUCAUCGUUUCUCACGUGAGCAGUUUCUUCGUGUUUGGGGUGAGCCCCGUUUUUGUUUUAUGCGAAAUGACACUUUUCUUUUCCUUUUGAUUCCUGUACCUUUCUAAAUUUACUUUUAGAACAGAGUUUCUUUCGUGUUAAGUGAAUUGUCAAGACUUGAUCUUCGUAGAGCUACCAUAUGUAAUUGUUAACUGUAAGCUUUCAUGUUGCUCAGUUAUCUGUGAUUGUAAAUAGUCUUUAGUGCUGUUGAUUUUAUGAAUAAAAUUUUUAAAACAGAAAAUCUCAUUGUUUUUGGCCAUGGCUGUCUCGCUGACAUCCAUUAACGUUAACGGCGCUGCCUAACGCCAUAAGCGCCUUAGGGUUUUUGAAUGUCUGCAGAGCAUGUCUUCCGACUUAUCUUUAUUAGAAGAAACACAUCUCGCGGAUUCCUCACAAGGUAAGACAUGGGAGAAGGAAUGGGGGAAAUGUUGUCCGGCAGCUUUCCCCUUCAUUAUUUUUCUUCUUUGCUGUCUGACUCCUAUGGCUCGCACCAGAACUGUAGUUGUUGACUUGCGUGAUUUCCCACCAAAUUUUGAACGGAAAGAUAUUGCUAAGACAUUCUACGCCAGUAUGGGGAGGAUCAUCUCAUUGACGCAAUCCAAAUUGUUCCUGGUGGGGUUUGUAAGGUCACCUUCAAAUCUCGUGAGUCCAAAAUUUCUUUAUUGA